AUGGCUGGAACCGCUUUUUGGCCCCUUGUUGGGGCGUUGAUAGCCCUGUUAUACCUACUGCGACGAGCACCAGCUUCAAGCCUGAGCCAUAUCCCAACUGUCAAGUACUACCCGUAUAUGCCAGAUUUCAUAAAUCGAAUUCUCUACUAUUCCAAGGCUGGAUCGAUGAUCUAUCGAGGAUAUGAGAAGUACAAAGAUAGUCCCUUUCGCAUUCUCACUGGCGACGGAGAAGUGAUCGUUCUACCAGUGAAAUACCAAGACCAACUAAGAUCACUCGAUUCUUCCAAGAUCAGUUCUCUACAUGCCCAAUACAAGGUAAUCCUCAUUGUGCUACGUUACGUCGAGAAGCCCCGGGAGCUGACAGACUUCUCAGAAUGCCCUGGGGGAGUACACCAACAUCAGAGUCGAUACUGCCUUGCCUGGCCUGACAGUGCGCAAGUGUUUGACGCCCAGUCUAAAGUCGUUCCCCGGAUCAUCGAUGAGUUGACAGUAGCAUUCGACACCGUGCUGGCAGGAUGCGAAGACGACUGGGUCAAGAUCAACCCAACCGAGAUGUCCAGCCGGCUGAUUGUCCUCGCCACAUCCCGCGUGAUGGCCGGUGACAUGCUGCGCCGAAACGAGGAAUGGCUCAACGUGGCAAGCAGUUACGCUCACAACGUGGGUGUCACCAUCGUUAUCCUGCGUCCGGUCCCCAAGUACCUCCGUCCCAUCGUCGCCCGCUUCCUGCCCAGCGUUCAGCAGAUGAAGAAACAGCUAAAGUUCGCUAAAGCCCUCUUCGUUCCGUUGAUCGAGGAACGCAAACUGGCUGAAGAGGAUGGUGGCUCGGCCUGGACGAAGCCAGAUGACUUCUUGCAGUGGAUUAUGGAUCUCAAUAAGGCCCAGGGCGAGGAUCUCGACGCAGAUGCCCUGGCCCAUCACAUGCUCCUUUUGGUCACACUGGCUGUUACGCACACCAGUACCAUGGCCUUGUGCCACGGUCUCUUUGAUUUGGCUAUGAGACCUGAAUACCUUGAGCCGCUGCGCGAGGAAAUGCUCCGCACGUUGCCUGAUGGGUGGUAUAAGGCGACUCAGGCUUCGCUGCUGGGACAGGUUCGUCUAGACAGUUUCUUGCUCGAGUCUCAGCGCUUCGGUCCGCCAGGUGAAUUGACCUUCCACCGCAUAGUGAAGCAGCCCCUUACGCUCAAGGACGGUCUAGUCCUGCCAGUUGACACACACAUCUGCUUCCCCGCGGGUCCGAUCAGCAGAGAUGAAGCAUUUAUCACGAACCCGACGGUCUUCGAUGGUUUCCGCUGGUGCCAUGCCCCUCGUGACCGCUUUGCCCUAACUCCUGAGCUAAUCAAUAGCAAUGAAAACGAGCAGGAUAAAAAGUCCGCCUCGCUUGCUUCCAGCUUCGUCUCUAUCGCUCUAACUCAUAUGCAUUUCGGAUUUGGACGUCAGGCGUGUCCUGGUCGAUUCUUUGCGGUGAAUACUCUGAAGGCGAUCCUAAGCCGUAUCAUCCUUGACUAUGAGUUCAAGUUUGUUGACGGUCUCGAGGGCGAGAGACCUGCUAAUCUUGUGAUUGGGGAACAUAUUAUUCCGAGUAUGAGUGCUGAGAUGCUGUUUCGGAAGAGAUCCACUGGACUUUGA